AUGUUUCGCAAUCACUCCCGAGAAUCAUUCGUUGCUGUGUUGCUGCUGGUCGUUUUCCUAAAUUACAGCCUCACUCUGGUGGAUUGCUUCAUUCGGGUCAACACUCCAACUCAACAAUUCAUGGAUGAGACUAAUAGAACAAGAAUUUUCCACGGAGUCAAUGUGGUUUACAAAAUUGCUCCCUUUCACCCAGAUCGCUUCAAUUUCAAUACCAACACUUCACUCACAGAUAAGGAUUUACAAAAUUUGAGAAAUUGGGGAUUCAAUGUGAUUCGAUUGUAUUUGUCAUGGGAAGGUACUGAACCAAGGAGAGGUCAAUACAACACAAACUACUUGGCAACUUUGAGAGAUAUUGUCAGACAAUGUGAAAAGUAUGGAAUUAUGGUCAUUCUGGAUGUACAUCAAGAUGUGAUGAGUGAUUUGUUUUGUGGAGAGGGAUUUCCGAGAUGGGCCGUUCAAUAUUCCACUCCUGAUUUUCCCUAUCCAUUCAACAACAUUCAUCUCCGAAUCAAUCAAACCACUCAUGCUCCCGUUGUGAGUGAUUGUUUACAACAUGCCUUCUUUCAAUAUUAUCUCACGACAGCAGCCUCUAAUGCCUUUCAGAAUUUUUAUGAUAACAUGAAUGGUGUGCGGGAUGCUUUUGCAGAUUUUUGGAAAUAUUCAGCAAAUUAUUUUAAGGAUGAACCAAACGUGUUGGGAUUGGAAAUUAUUAAUGAACCUUUUGCUGGAGAUAUAUAUGCAGAUUUAGGCUUGUUGUUGGAUCAGACAGGAAAGGCAGAUCGUAAAAAUUUACUUCCAUUGUACAAACAAGUCUAUCAAUCGAUUCGUUCCGUGAAUAACAAUCAUUUGGUAUUUUUCGAACAAGCCGUAACGGAUUUACUUUCAUCUGGAUUUGACGAGAGUCCGUUAGGAACUCAAGACUUGGACAAACAAGUAUUCUCUUAUCAUGUGUAUUGUUUUGAUGUGAAUAGUACGGGAGAUCCCAAUAAUAGAUUCCUUUGCCAAAUCGGAGAUGAUGCCGUAUUGGGAGCCAAAGAAUAUGAUGUUAAACGAUUUAAGACUGGAGGUUUUAUGACUGAAUUUGGUGCUUUAAGUAAUUUUACUCAAAGCGCACAUGAAAUUGAGUGGAUUACAGGACUUGCGGAUGAGUACUUGAGAUCAUGGACAUAUUGGCAAUUCAAAUACUACAAUGAUGUGACCACAGCAGCCUCUCCACCAACUAUUGAAAGCUUUUAUGGACCAAAUGGAGAACUUCAAUCAAGAAAAGUCAAAGCUCUCAGUAGAACUUAUGCACAAGCAGUGUGUGGAAAUCCAACUCGAAUGACCUUUGACCCUGCUUUUUCAGAGUUUUAUCUUUCGUUUAAUUAUGUCAAAUCCCUUAAUUGUGAUUCACAACCUACCGUCGUUUAUUUCAAUCAAGAAUUUUAUUAUCCAACCGGAUUUAACGUUCAAGUGACUCCUCCCAAUGCUCUUUCAGUGAAGCAAAGUGAAAUGAAUUAUUUACAAUUUUUCGUGAGGAGUGAAAAUGUUGUAGAUGGUCAACAAAUACAAAUUCAAAUCACUAGAACCAAUUAA